CAGAUUCUCAAGCCUUGAAAGAGAACACCAAGACACCUUCGCCCUCGGCUCUGUCUUCCCCACCCGCCACGGAGACUCCCAAGCCACCCCGUCCCCGGCGCCGGCGGCCUCCCGCCGUCCUGCCUUCCGAUCGUCCCUAUCAAUGCAAAGACUGUGGCAAGCGCUUCGUGUACCGCUCCAAACUGGCUACCCACCAGUGGACCCAUUGCGCCGAGCGGCCCUAUAAAUGCCCCGACUGUCCCAAGAGUUUUAGUUACCCAUCCAAGUUGGCUGCCCACCGACGUACGCACACUGGGGAGCGCCCCUUCCCCUGCUCCUUGUGCCCCAAGCGCUUUGGGCACCGCUCCAAGCUGGCCGCCCACCAGUGGAUCCACACGCCGGAGCGCCCGUACAAAUGUGCCGAUUGCCCCAAGAGCUUCUGCUACCCUUCCAAGCUGGCCGCCCACCGCCGUACGCACACGGGCCAGCGGCCGUACCCCUGCAGCCGCUGCGGGAAGAGCUUUUGCUACCCUUCCAAACUGGCUGCUCAUCAGCAGAUCCACGCGGCCACCGCCGCCGGGCGGCCUUACCCGUGCAUGCGGUGCAGCAAGAGUUUCCGGCAGCUGCGCAACCUCACCCUUCACCAGCGGGUGCACGAGGAUGGAGAAGCAGGCGAUGGCGUAACCCAGGACAAAAGCCACAGCAGUGGAGACAGGCCUUAAGCUGGAACCGCUGGGCUGUGCGAGGGCGCAGGAAGAAACUUGGAAUAAUUUGAAAACCUGGCAGCUGCAGGAUGGUUGUAAAUAAUGGAAAGUUAUGGUGGAGGUCAGCGUUGCACCGUAACCUCCAGCAACCCAUAACUUCUCUGUUCUCAUCUUUGAUGGCAAAACGCCACAUGACAGGCUCCCUUUCAGAGGCCGAGUUGUUCGCACCGUGCUGAAAACUGCUCUGGUAAUUUUGUUUCUGCCUAUUCUACAACCUUGUUUAAGUUAUGCAGACUUCUGCACCUUUGCAAUUUGUUUUGCUUCAGUUUUAACUUUUCCGGUUCUCGCCAAACACAAUCCCGAUCACCCCCAUAGUCGACAUCAUUUGCGUGGCAACGAAACGAAAACCACCGUUGAGAUUCCCCCACUAAUCCCAUUUCAAGAAGUGCACCGAUCCUCACUGUCAGCAGAGCAGAAUCUGUUUAUGUGUUUCGCACACAAGGAGGCACCUCUGUCUGUGGCCCUGUAUAGUUUUGUUUUAUGCUCAACUGGUGCAUGCUUCUGUCAGAAUGUGGAACUCCGCAUACCUGUAAUCCAAGGGUCUAUAAAAUUUAUAUCUUCACUGUGCAUUAUA